AUGCCCGAGAUUAUCGGCAAGCUUUUGAAGUCCGACGGAAAGGUCGUCUCUGAUAUCGAGAAGCAAGUCUCGCAGGCACUCGUUGAUUUGGAGACCAACGAUGACGUCCAGAGCCAACUAAAGGAGCUGUACAUCGUCGGAGUCAAGGUGAGUUAAAAGUUUAUUAUAAUUUGUUUGAAUAGUGAUUUUACAGUAGUAAGUAAGUUGAAACUAGUUACAAAAUAAAUCAAAACUCAUUGCAAAGUUUUGCAGGAGGUCGAGAUUGGAAACAAGAAUGCCAUCAUCAUCUAUGUUCCAGUCCCACAACUCAAGGCCUUCCACAAGAUUCACCCAGCUCUCGUCCGCGAGUUGGAGAAGAAGUUCGGAGGAAGAGACAUCCUGAUCCUCGCCAAGGUACAUCAAAUUUUGCAUGUUUAUAUUCAUUGUAUUUUUUCAGAGACGCAUCCUCCCGAAGCCACAGAGAGGCAACAAAGCUAGACCACAAAAGCAGAAGAGACCGCGUUCCCGCACUCUCACCGCUGUCCACGAUGCCUGGCUCGACGAGCUCGUCUACCCAGCUGAGGUUGUCGGAAGACGCAUCCGCGUCAAGCUUGACGGAAAGAAGGUCUACAAGGUAAAUUUUCAUGAAACAAGUUUUUGAAUUCAUAGAAAUAAUGUGCAUCUAAAAAUCUUUGAUUUGAAAAUGGCCAGUAGAUUCAUUUCUUGGUCGUAAAAAUUCCGCCGUUUUUAAUACUUUGAGACACACUAUUCAAUGCUUUUUAUUUUCAGGUCCACCUUGACAAGAGCCACCAGACCAAUGUUGGACACAAGAUCGGAGUUUUCGCCUCGGUUUACCGCAAGCUUACCGGAAAGGACGUCACCUUCGAGUUCCCAGACCCGAUUUUCUAA